AUGGCAGGAGCUAUUCGUCAACCUAUCGAUAUACCGUCGUUGGAACGGUACAUUGAUAAGAAUGUAUCUGUAAUAAAGACGCCACUAGACGUGAAGCAGUUUGGUUUCGGGCAGUCGAACCCUACGUACCAGCUCCGAGCAGCAGAUGGCCAGAUCUUCGUCCUACGGAAGAAGCCUCCGGGCAAGCUCUUGUCCAAGACUGCGCACAGGGUUGAGCGUGAAUACAGGAUUAUCCACGCUCUGGAACAUACCGAUGUUCCCGUGCCCAGGACCUACUGCCUCUGCGAGGAUAACGAGGUGAUCGGCACACCCUUCUAUAUAAUGGAGUUCCUGGAUGGUAGAAUAUUUACGGAUCCAUCAAUUCCUGAAGUAAGCGCAGAGGAGCGCAAUGAGCUAUGGCACGAUGCAAUCCGGACAUUGGCCAAGUUCCACCGGGUCGAUCCUAAGGCAGUUGGAAUGGAAGGAUUCGGGAAGCCAUCGGGCUUCUAUAAUAGACAGAUCUCCACGUUUACGGCGGUUUCUAGAGCACAGGCCCAGGCGGUAGAUAUCGAGACGAAUGAGCCCGUGGGAGAGUUACCACACUUCGAUGACAUGGUGCGCUGCUUCUCCAACAAGGCAACCCAGCCACGGGAUCGUGGCACCUUUGUCCACGGAGACUACAAGAUCGACAACUUAGUUUUCCACAAGACGGAGCCCAGGGUCAUUGGAAUUCUAGACUGGGAGAUGGCAACGAUAGGCCACCCAUUGUCGGAUUUUUGUAACUUGACAAGUCCCUACUUCCUCGGCGGUGCUGAACACUCAGUGGACAAAUUCAAGCCCGGGGCUGUUCCGGGUUUGCCAACUCGAGAAGAGUGUAUUCGGUGGUACAGCGCUGUGGCCGGAUGGGACCCUGCCCCGGACACACUAUGGGGUGAUGCCUUCUUUGCAUUUAGGAGUUCGGUCAUCAUGCAAGGUAUCGCGGCCAGGCAUGCAUUACGGCAGGCCAGCAGCGCCAGAGCCCACGAAUAUGCCUUGCAGACAAAACCCUUUGCUCUUCAGGCGUGGGAACGAGUGAAGAGGGUACAAGAAGAGGGUCGCAAGUCGGCGAAGCUGUAG